CAGAAGAGUGCCGGUCCGGGCGCAGAACUCAGAGAUUCGACUUAUCGUGAGAAGCGGAAGCCCCUUCUAGGAUGUGCGACUCACGGGGAACUCGAAGUAUGCUCUCUCGCUCCGGAACUGAUUUUCAGUGAAUGAGGAUUGAGCCAUAGCUCAUCUCGAGUACUCUGCCGGGAGCAGUCAUGUUAGCGCGCACCGUGAGCGCCUCCGCGCGCAGAGCUCUCCGUCCACAACUGGGUUUUCGGACUGAUUUUAGAAGCUCGGUCGUUCUUCCGAUGGCGCAGAAGAGAAAUGCAUCUCAGUCUGCACCCUCCUGGCUGAUAGAUGUAUUCGAGAGUCCACCCGUGGUGUUCGCGGAGCAGACCCUAACGAAGAUUCACGAGCUUUCAGGACUUCCGUGGUGGGCGUCGAUUGUCAUCUCAACGAUAGGAAUCCGAGUGUUCGUCACAUUCCCCUUGGCCAUCUACUCGGAAGCGAACCUUGCGAAACUGGCAAGCUUGGAGCCCGAAGCCCGGGAGAUUAACCAGAUUCUCAAGGAAGAUACAGUUCUGGCGAAACAUAAAUUCAAUUUGACGGAACAACAGGCGACGAAGCUUUACAGAAUCAAUCUCAAGAAACAAAUGGGACUAUUGAUUGAACGGAAUAACUGUCAUCCGGCGAAGAGUUUCUUCUUGUCCCUUUUCCAAAUACCUGUCUGGGUCAGUCUGUCUUUCGCCUUAAGGGACAUGGCAUUCGCGGGGAAAUACGGAGUUUAUGAAUACAUGUCGAUGUCUACGGAAGGAAUUUUCUGGGCGAAAAACCUUAUCCACCCGGAUCCGUUCCUCAUUCUCCCGGUGAUGACCGCCGUGAUGAACUUGACAAACACUGAGCUGUACCAAUUGAAGAGUAAUUUGCCGCGAAGCAAGUUCCUGAAGAUCUUUCAUAACUUCUCUCGGGUGGCAAGUGUCAUCGUGAUACCCGUGGGUCUCGUGAUGCCUUCGGCAGCAUGUCUGUACUGGUUCUGCAGCGCCUCGACAGCCACCGGUCAACAACUAAUUCUCCUCUCUCCUCGCUUCCGACGACUCGUACGGAUCCCUCCGAGUCCGAAAGAAGAUCCGACGCCUUAUUCGACGAUUUGGAGUAACUUCCAGAGUCGGAUUCUUCGGAGGGGGAAAUGAAGCUCGAAUUCCGGACGGAUAGAACGAUUGUGAAUAAAACGUUAAGAAACAAAGCUUUCCCACAAC